AUGGACCUUUGGACUCGACUACGCACGGCUGCUAUCCAUGGUCAUAUUGACGUCAUAAAAGAUCUGAUCAGGGAAGGAGCUGAGGUCAAUAAGAAGGAUAAGUGGGGUGAGACAGCAUUACACCAUGCUGCUGAGAAUGGUCAUUUUGACGUCAUCAGAUAUUUGAUCAGCGUAGGAUAUGAAGUCAAUGAGGAGGAUAAUCGUGGUGAGACAGUAUUACACCGUGCUGCUGAGAAUGGUCAUAUUGACGUCAUCAAAUAUCUGAUCAGUGAGGGAGCUGAGGUCAAUAAGGGGGAUGAUCAUGGACGGACUGCAUUACACCGUGCUGCUACCAGCGGUCAUAUUGACAUCAUCAAAUAUUUGAUCGGUAAGGGAGCUGAGGUAAAUAAGGAGAAUAUUCAUGGACGGACUGCAUUACACCAUGCUGCUUUGAAUGGUCAUAAUGACGUCAUCAAAUAUUUGAUCAGUGAGGGAGCUGAGGUCAAUAAGGAGGGUAAUCAUGGAUGGACUGCAUCACACCGUGCUGCUAGGAAUGGUCAUAUUGACGUCAUAAAAAAUCUGAUCAGGGAAGGAGCUGAGGUCAAUAAGAAGGAUAAGUGGGGUGAGACAGCAUUACACCAUGCUGCUGAGAAUGGUCAUUUUGACGUCAUCAGAUAUUUGAUCAGCGUAGGAGAUGAGGUCAAUAAUGAGGAUGAUGGUGGUGGGACUGCAUUUCACCAUGCUGCUGAGAAUGGUCAUAUUGACGUCAUCAAAUAUUUGAUCAGCGAAGGAGCUGAGGUCAAUAAGGGGGAUAAUCAUGGACGGACUGCAUUACACCGUGCUGCUAACAGUGGUCAUAUUGACGUCAUCAAAUAUUUGAUCAGUGAGGGAGCUGAGGUCAAUAAGGAGAAUAAUCAUGGACGGACUGCAUUACACCAUGCUGCUUUGAAUGGUCAUAUUGACGUCAUAAAAUAUUUUAUCAGUGAGGGAGCUGAGGUCAAUAAGGAGGGUAAUCAUGGACGGACUGCAUUACACCGUGCUGCUAUGAAUGGUCAUAUUGACAUCAUGAAAAAUCUGAUCAGGGAAGGAGCUGAGGUCAAUAAGAAGAAUAAGUGGGGUGAGACAGCAUUACACCAUGCUGCCGAGAAUGGUUAUAUUGAAGUCAUCAAAUAUCUGAUCAGUGAGGGAGCUGAGGUCAAUAGGAAGGAUAAUGGUGGUGGGACUGCAUUACAACGUGCUGCUAACAUUGGUCAUAUUGACGCCAUCAAAUAUCUGAUCAGUGAGGGAGCUGGGGUCAAUAAGGAGGAUAAUGAUGGUUUGACUACAUUACACCGUGCUGCUAACAAUGGUCAUAUUGACAUCAUCAAAUAUCUGAUCAGUGAGGGAGCUGAGGUCAAUAAGGAGGAUAAUGGUGGUGGGACUGCAUUACACCGUGCUGCUAACCGUGGUCAUAUUGACGUCAUCAAAUAUCUGAUCAGUGAGGGAGCUGAGGUCAAUAAGGAGGAUAAUGGUGGUUUGGCUGCAUUACACCGUGCUUGUGAGAAUGGUCAUAUUGACGUCAUCAAAUAUCUGAUCAGUGAGGGAGCUGAGGUCAAUAAGGAGGAUAAUGAUGGUUUGGCUGCAUUACACCGUGCUGCUGAGAAUGGUCAUAUUGACGUCAUCAAAUAUCUGAUCAGUGAGGGAGCUGAGGCCAAUAAGGAGGAUAAUGGUGGUAAGACUGCAUUACACCGUGCUGCUGAGAAUGGUCAUAUUGACGUCAUCAAGUAUCUGAUCAGUGAGGGAGCUGAGGUCAAUAAGGAGGAUAAUCGUGGUGGGACUGCAUUUCACUGUGCUGCUUGGGGCGGUCAUAUUGACGUCAUCAAAUAUCUGAUCAGUGAGGGAGCUGAGGUCAAUAAGGAGGAUAAUGAUGGUUUGACUGCAUUACACCGUGCUGCUAACAAUGGUUAUAUUGACAUCAUCAAAUAUCUGAUUAGUGAGGGAGCUGAGGUCAAAAAGGAGGAUAGUGAUGGUUUGACUGCAUUUCACUGUGCUGCUUGGGGCGGUCAUAUUGACGUCAUCAAAUAUCUGAUCAGUGAGGGAGCUGAGGUCAAUAAGGAGGAUAAUGAUGGUUUGACUGCAUUACACCGUGCUGCUAACAAUGGUUAUAUUGACAUCAUCAAAUAUCUGAUUAGUGGGGGAGCUGAUGUCAAAAAGGAGGAUAAUGGUGGUGGGACUGCAUUACACCGUGCUGCUGAGAAAGGUCAUAUUGACGUCAUCAAAUAUCUGAUCAGUGAGGGAUCUGAGGUCAAAAAGGAGGAUAGUGAUGGUUUGACUGCAUUACACCGUGCUGCUGAGAAUGGUCAUAUUGACGUCAUCAAAUAUCUGAUCAGUGAGGGAGCUGAGGUCAAUAAGGAGGAUAAUGAUGGAUGGACUGCAUUACACCGUGCUGCUGAGAAUGGUCAUAUUGACGUCAUCAAAUAUCUGAUCAGUGAGGGAGCUGAUGUCAAUAAGGAGGAUAAUGAUGGAUGGACUGCAUUACACCGUGCUGCUGAGAAUGGUCAUAUUGACGUCAUCAAAUAUCUGAUCAGUGAGGGAGCUGAGGUCAAUAAGGAGGAUAGUGAUGGUGGGACUGCAUUACAAUGUGCUGCCAACAGUGAUCAUAUUGACGUCAUCAAAUAUCUGAUCAGUGAAGGAGCUGAGAUCAAUAAGGAGGAUAAUGGUGGUGGGACUGCAUUACACCGUGCUGCUGAGAAGGGUCAUAUUGACGUCAUCAAAUAUCUGAUCAGUGAGGGAGCUGAGGUCAAUAAGGAGGAUAAUGAUGGUUUGGCUGCAUUACACCGUGCUGGUGAGAAUGGUCAUAUUGACGUCAUCAAAUAUCUGAUCAGUGAGAGAGCUGAGGUCAAUAAGGAGGAUAAUGAUAGUCGGGCUGCAUUACACUAUGCUGUUGAGAAUGCUCAUUAUGACGUCAUCAAAUACCUUAUCAGCCAAGGAGCAGAUGUGAAUAAGAGAACAGCCAAUGGCUGGACUGUGUUGCACUGUGCUGCAACAAAUUGCAGUUUUGGCGUCAUCGAAUAUCUGCUCAAAUUUACAGGUGAGGUAAAUCGAAACGCAGAAGAUCAACACGCAUUGCUCUCAAAAGGUGACUCCCUGGAGGUGAAUAAAGCAGACAAUGAAGGGAGAACAUCAUUACACAUCGCUGUUCAGCAUGGUUACAUUAACGUUGUUAAAUUCCUGCUUACAGGUGGAGCACUUAGUGACACAGAAGACAUUCGCGGCCAAACACCCUUACAUCAAUCGAUUACCCUUGGGCAUAGAGACAUUGCUGGUCUGCUUAUCGACAAGUUGAAUGCUAAGAAUGAUUCAGUGGCCAUCCAUCUAGCUGUGAUGUACGGACUUACAUCCAUCAUUGAAAGGAUGAUUGCUAAAGGAUCUGAUAUCAAUGUACAGUCUAAUGACGGUCAGACAUGUCUUCAUAAAGCUAUCAAAUUAUGCUACCAAAAGAAACAGAAUGUUGAAGGCACCGAAACACUCAGAAAGGUAUCCGAAAAAUACUACAGUGGCAGGUUAUCUCCUGAGAAGGCAUUGGUGUUCUAUCUCUUGGAACAUGGAGCCAGGAUUGAUAUUAAGGAUGAAGCAGAUUGCCUACCAAUCCACUAUGCAAAGGAUGAAAUGAUCAGACAGAUGAUAUUGGCAAGAUUACCUUCCUUGGAUGAUGUACAGUUUACUAAAGAUCGGCUAUCCAACUCUUCUGAUGCCUCGGUCAAAGUCAACAGAAAUUCUAGUCAGGAAAUCAAUCUAGAAGACCUUGGAAUAUCAAUGUACCUUCCUCCUGGAGCGGUUCCACCUGAUGUUUCUUGUCAGAUCACCCUAACCAUCCUAAGAGACAAUCCUGGUGUCGAUAUCACUGAAGGAGAAUCAAUGGCCUGUUAUGGGAUCAAGUGUGACCCUCAACCUUUGAUCUUCAACCAGCCUGUUAAGAUCACUAUACCACACUCUUCUUUGGUCGUCAAUCCAGAGCAGGUGAAACCAGACAUCGUUUGUCGUGUGUGGGACUCAAUCAAGGAUCUACCGAAAACUCUAAGGAAGCAGUCAUCCAGCUCACCAGACAAACCACCAUACUGCAGACUGUACAAGAAACAUCUUGAGUUGUACAUUGGCCACUGUGCGGAGUGGUGGGUUCUGAUUCCUCUUGAACAACAGGUGAUCCGACAGCAACUUAUUUGUACUCCAUACGUCCCAUACAGGAUCGAAAGAGGAAAAGAGCUUGCAGUUAAUCUUCAGUUGUGUAACGACCUACCUGGAAACGAAGCGGCAACACAAGAGAAGUCGAGACAACAAUCUUACCAUAGAUGUCAUCGCUCGGUCCCUUUCAAUGUUGAAACAAAGGCUGGUGACGUCACAAUCACGUGCCAUCGUGAAGGAGGAGAAAUUGAGAGCCAGAUCGUUUCUCUUAGGGACCUUCUAGCCAAGAUAAGCCAAUGUAUAUCGAUAUACGUUCCACCCAGUGAAGGCGAUCUAAACUUUGCAGUGAUUACCAUAACAAUUACACAGGCUGGGAAGCUUGGGAUUUCACGAUCUAUUGCCUUUGUCAUCAGAUAUACAGAUGGACCUCUGUGCCAAUUUCUCUCCGAACAGACAGACUUCACUAGGACACUCCAAGAAGUAAAGAACAGUGACCUACAAUCGGACGUAGACUUUCUAACAAUAGCCCAGACAAUGGACGUAAAUCAGUUCUAUGAUAUGGGCAUAGCUCUUGGUUUCACCAUAGCCGAGUUGGAUCGGGUAGAGUACAGGAGAUUCCGAGAUAGGCAGAAAGCUACCUAUGACAUGCUACUGGCAUGGAGAGGGAGACAAGCAUCUACCCAAGCAGCAAAGAAUACCCUCAUCACAAUUAUAGAAUCAUUCAACUCAUCUUCAAAUGAUACAACUUUCCCAGAUAUUGACCCAACUGAAGAGAUUCCUGACUGCACGCUAUUACAAUUUUCCCGUCGCAUUAACAAAGAGAAAUUCUAUGAGAUUGGCAAGCAACUGGGAUUUGACGAUUUAGAGUUACAGCACAUCGAGCAUCGUUCCCUGUACAAUAGGAAGGAUGCUAACAUUCAAAUGCUCUCGAUGUGGAAAGCAUCUCAAAUAUCAUCAGAUAAACCGGAUGAAAAACUGAAGAUGGUCUGGGAAUCUUUAAAUGAGGCUUCAAACGUGAUGGACAUGAAUGAUGAUGAGAAUAAUGAUGACGUGACUCCUCUUCACCCGGACGUGAAUUCUGACCCAUCACCUCAAGAACCAGAUGAGGAUGAAGAUGAAGAGAAUGAAGAUUGGAAGAUCAUCGAAUACUCAGAGUCAGACAAAGAUGAAACUAUUGGCGACAUCGACGGGUAUGGAGGUUCACCUAGUAAUUCAGAACUGUGUAGCGUCGUUCGUCCGGUGGCGAAUGUCACGUUGGCCUUAGACCUAGCUAAAGCUCUUCGUUUGGACGUUAAUGACAUCAUAGUUCUCAUUGCUCCUCGCGAUCCUGCAUUAAUGGAGAGACUAGCAUGGAGACUCUUUCAUCAAUGGUGUAGACGUCUAGAAAGACAGGAGAAGGAAGAGAAGGUGUCUGCGCUUCUUCAAGGAUACAACAUCGAAGACGCUCAAACAGGUAUUGGUGAAAUCUGUGCCAAAAUCCGGACAACUCCAGACCUCAUCGACCUCUCUCAAAGGUUGGAUCUGCCAGCUUCUGAAAUUCUUCAGGUGAUGGCUUCAUCUUUGACCUUUCAACCUGCCUCGAUACGUCGGAUGGUACUACAAAUGCUUCAGAAAUGGGCCAAGCAAGGAGGAACAAGGCUGAGGUUGCUUGAAAUGGUUCAAGCUUUUAAUUUCAACGAUGCUGCAGAUCACAUAGCCCGAGCAAUACCAAACCACCCAGGUUUCUUGGAUCAUUUCACACAUGGCAUCAUUGAUCAUGAUGGUGGAGACCUGAACUUAGACGAACCUGAUAUCCGGGUAUCCAUUCCUUCAGGAGCGAUCCCCAAAGGAAUGAAAUCACUUCUCACUCUCACUGUCCUCAAUGUGGGUACAUCUGACUUCCCCCUGGGUUCUGGCGAAAUUCUCCUAACACCAAUCAUCCAAUGUUCCUGUAACCAUCAUCUUCUCAAACCUGCCACUGUAGCGCUUCCACACUACAUUGCUCCAUAUCGAUACCAGCAGAAGAAGAAAGACUUAAUGCGUGUGAAGCUUUAUAGCAAAAUAGGACCAGGAGAAUAUGGGUACAAGACUUUGCUUCCUGAAUCGACAAGAGAUUUUGAGAUCUCAGAAGACAAGAUUAGCUUCUCAACACGUCAUCUUGAAUACUUCGCUUUGUCUUCAAACGACAUCCAUGGAGUUCAAUUCAUCUGUGAAGUAUCACAGCCUCUUUUCAUCAGCAACUCCUUACACCCAACUCUGCGAAUCUGCAUCGCACAUCCUUACAACAAUGACUCUACAGGUGUAAGACAGAAUUACAGCUUAUCGGAACAUAUCUACAAAGUAACAACUGUAAUCAAAUUGCGUCUAGAAUCUGCUGAAGAUGACAUCAAACUGUCAUGUCUUUCUGGCUCGGAGAAUACCCGAGAAACUGUUCAUCCGCGUUCCCUACUAUCCGGAGGUUGUAAUACUAUACACGUCAAUCUACCGCCCUCUAGUGAUAACAAGAGUGUUCGUGUUUGCAUUGAGCAGGGCACGUCAUUAAUAGCAGAACAAGAAAUUAAUAUCUCUAGAGAAGUGGAACCUGACUACGAAAAAAAUCAAAGAAGAGGCCGAAUGAAGUUCGUUUCGAACGACAUGAUAGAGCUGUUGACUGAUUUAGUCUAUGAAGCAAAGGAUGCUCGUGAGCUUGGCUACAAGCUCAGUUUCUCCCACUCACAGGUGGAGAAGUACCUUGUCAGGGCAGAUUCAUCAGCUAGCAGUGUUUCAAAAUCUGGUCUUAAAGAGAUGCUUCAAGACUGGAGAAAUCGUGUCCGACCUAGUGAACAGGUUCAGAAAUUUCAACUUGCUUUAGAGGCCGUUGGGUUAAGAAAUGAAGCUGAAAUCAUUAUUUCAUGACCCUUAAAGGGUUCCAUAACAUUUGCUCCGGCGGCAAUUGCUCCGAUGGAAAAUCUACACAUUAAGCGAAACAUAAAACCUAACCUCUAAGACUAAAUAAACCCUAAUCGUAAUCAUUGCAAUAUUCUGAACCAAAAACUCUAUCAUAAUCCUAACUCUAAUCCUAUGCCUUCUGAGAUAUUAAGACCGGAGCAAUUGUCGCAGGAGCAUAUGUCGUGUCACCCCCUUAAAGUAUAGUUGAUCCUCACCGGCUCAAAUAAUUUUCUUCGACCCUUCCAAUUCUUCUGAAGUAAGUGUAGUAACUAGAAGGUAAUUCAGUUUAUUCAUAUUAAAUGGACACCAAGUAUUUAGAAAUAUGUUAUUUUUGGAUUGAAAGGAAGUCCAUAUUUUAAAUACCACAUGAUAGAUAAUACCAUGUAGGUGUACGGAGAGGGUCCAUGAUGGUGAUACGUCGAUGUUCAUGACAUAUUCUAUACUUACAGCGACAAGUAGCUUCAUUUAUUCGUUCGCUUGUGAUUGGCAAAGGUUGUAAAUGAAUUAUUUUGUAGCUGAAAUUAUAAAUUAUAUCUAAUAUGAUGUUGAAUAGUAUUUUCUGUGCCAAAAUUGAUAUCUUCGACAGACAUAAUCUCCAAAUGGGAAAACACAUAUUAUGCAGAGAAUUAUAUGUACAUACAAUACAAUGUUAGAAUUACAACAUUCAUUCAUUUAAUUUACUCCAUCUUCAUGUAUAUGUAUAUAUACUUAUAUAUAGGGUUUACAAUUUAAUGAGGCAUUUAUCCAUAACAUGUGAGCCCCUUGAAAAGCAGAGGGCUUAUCAGAGGGGGCCAAGCAUACAUGUAGCUUAACAAUGCAUAUAACAUGAAAAGAAUAAUUAGAACAGUAAUAAAGAAAAUCGGUGGUUUGUACAACUUGUAAUACUGGUUACGACGUAAGACAAUAAAAUAAUAAAGUAAACAAAUAAAUUAACAUCUGAAUUUGAAAUGACAGAAAAUGAAAGUAAUUGUAUACCAUAUGAGUAUUAUACAUUGACCAAUAUUUUGAGAAUGUAUGUAUGGAAGUUUGAAUGCCACCUGUUUAUACAUGCAGCUAUUUAUCUUGAAGUGUCUGCAAUAGUAUAGCCAACUCCUUACUAGUCGUAAUGUAUUACAUCUAAAGUAGAUACAGAGCUCGUAAUUCAGGAAACUCUUUCUAAAUCUAAGAAAGUUGUUUAGCAGUAGUAUCCCAGAAUCUGACUUACCACUUUCUAGACUUUAUAAAUACCAUUAAUGUUGCAUUAUUUAAAAUGUUUUGUCUUAAGUCAUUUGUCAUAAGUUAUAAUGUAGGCCCUGAAGUCCUGCAAGAAUGCAUUAUAUGAAAACUUUUUUUUUCGUUUGUGUCCGCGAGUGUGUACAACAGUAGUGAUAUUUAAUAAAAUUCUGACUCUUUCGUGGUUUCGUUAUUUUCUUGAAUUCUGCAAUGUAAUAUAUAAAAAUUAAGCACACAGAGUAUAGGAGCUUUGUGUAAAAUGAUUUAAAGAAUAAUUAUUUUCUUGUAAAUGACGUGUAUACUUGCAUAUCUAACAUACUGCGUGAAAUCUCGUAGGGAAAAUGGUUAUUUUCUGGUUGAUUAUACACCAUAUCAUAUAAGAUAGAAAUAUAAUCAUAUAAAAGGCAGAUUUACUAAUUUGAUAUCUGCGUUAUUUCCAGAUUUGUUGGAAUAUAAUUUUUCGGUGUUUAUAGUUUCGUUUGUUUCAUUUUAUUGUUUAUAUAUCCGGUUUUGUGUAAUCCUUAUUAGCCUUUACUGAGAUAUUAAAUGUCGAUCGACCUAUGUUACAACCAACUCCGAUUUUCUCAGUUUGAAUUUCAAGUUUUAAGUUGUUUAUUUUAUCAGCACUAAUGAAAGGAACCCGCGGUUGACCAUUUAUGUUCAGUGAUUUUAUAUUCAUAUCACCUGAUUUAUUCACAUAACUACAAUUUCAGUUAUCAUUCCAUUCAAUUUAGAUUUGAAGGCCAUCUAACGUGUAAAAGUUUUUGCUAAACGUUUUACUAUGUGACUAACAUUAUAAGCGAGCAUACAAAUCUUAAAAAAAGGAUUAUAUCGUUUCUUUGUAAAUAUUUCGACGCUGCUUUUGUAAAUAGUUAUCACACACUCUUGGUUAUUCAUGUUUUCAAUGUAAAAUAGAAUAUUCUUACGACUUAAGUGGUAGCAUAUCAGAAAGAUAUAAGCAAAGAUUAUUCCCUUCCAUUUUCAGGUAAUUCCACACUUGCUGAGUCAUUUUAUAUCAACAAGACAAACAAUAAAACAAAUUUUGAACGUGAUGAAAAUAUUUUAUAGAAAUAUACAUCAACUUGAACACGUCUUUACUCUGUACCAUCCACACGAGACACACAAUGUUUUUAGAGUAUGAACAAGAAUAGCUGACAAAAGAAACAAUGAGGGGAUUUCCAAAACAAAGGAUGUCACACGCAAUUUGUAUGCUCUCUACUAUUCAUACCUUAUAUUAAAAAAGUAUACCGUAAUGUGUUCUACACAGCAAAAACUGUGGUGUUAACCGGUCUACAUAUAGGACCACACCGGUUAUUUUACACCGGUGUUAAAUUGGUGGUGUUAGUUUUACAUAUAUAGGUGUUAUUACAACACCUAUGGUUGUUACAUUUACACACUUUGGUGUUAUGUUCAAUCUCUAGGGUGUUAUUUUAACACCUCAAGGUGUGGUCCUCUAUUAACACCAAUUGGUGUCAGUUUUAACACCACAGUUUUUACAGUGUAUGGUUAUCCUUGUUUUCAUAAAAUGUACCCACUAGGUAUAUCUAAUAUUUGGGGAAAAAGGGAAAUUUACAGUCGAUCGACAAUCAAAAUAAAAUACAGCUGCGUAUUCAAAAUUACUUGUAAAUAUAAUAUUGAUAUUCGAUAUACGCUUCGUGAUGUUGUAGAGACAAGCUAUGUAGAAAUGUGUACUGCAGCUGAAAUGAUCGCUUUAUAUGCAAUUAUCAUGCAUUAUGACGUUCAUAAAAUUAUUAUUAUGAUGGUGAUAAAGCUUCUGCGACGAUGGUUCGAUAGUAUUUUCUGAACAAACUGUAUAUAAAUAAUGAUUACAUAUCAAUGCUAUUCCAUAUCGUUUACAAGUACAUAUAAAUUGAUUUGAGAAUCUUUUAUAAUUUUUGGUAUGUUACACAAGUUUGAGGUGAGUCAGACGCUUAUAUCUGAUUAUUAUUUUGUUUAAUUUUACCAUUCAUUUGACUUGUUAGAAGUAGUUUAGAAUUAUACUCAUGUAUUUUUCUUAGUGUAAUUAUGACAGUGGCGUACCUAGGAUUUUCCACAGGGGGGGCAAAAUCGGCCGCCAAAAAAAUUGACAAGCAAAAAAAAAAAAAAAAAAAAGGUCUUCAAUAAAAAAUAAAGGUUAUUGUACCAGAAAAAAAAUUGACAAGCAAAAAAAAAAAAAAAAAAAAAAAAAAAGGUCUUCAAGCUCGUCAGGGGGGCAUAAAAGGUCUUUCAAGCUCGUCAGGGGGGGCAGUGAUAUGUAUUUUGUAUGGGUUGUGGCUCGUCAGGGGGGCAGAGUGCCCCCCCCUGCCCCCCCCCCCCCGUAGGUACGCUAGUGAAUUAUGAUGCUAUUAAAGAGGAGUAGGAAUAUUUGUGUAGUAGCCAUAUAGGAUCAAACAAAAUCAACAACAAAGCGAUUAGACUGAACGUAUUAAUAAGAACCUUUAAGUUUUGGAAUUUAUAUCAUAAACUCACAUCUUGAGAAUGGAGAGGCAAAAACAAACAUGUAAGCUUCAACGUCGUACGUUUUAUUGAUUGAUGUACUGUAAUCUUUGAAAAACUUGAUCUCUGUAUCUUGAUGAUAAACUGCUAUUAUACAUUGGGAAAUAAAAGCAUUUAUAUACAACUCGA